GGACUUGUUUAAUACUUCACCAUUGAACAAAUGUGUGAGAGUUCCUUGCCAAGCAUUCUUUGUUGGGACAUUUUUUUUCUUCUGUUUACUGAAUAACUUUUUCUAAAGUUCCUUUUUUGAUGCCAUGUUUUGUGGCUUAUAUCAAAAGAGGAGUUUGUCUUCAUGAAGAUUCCUAACAUUGGUAAUGUGAUGAAUAAAUUUGAGAUCCUUGGGGUUGUAGGUGAAGGAGCCUAUGGAGUUGUACUUAAAUGCAGACACAAGGAAACACAUGAAAUUGUGGCAAUCAAGAAAUUCAAGGACAGUGAAGAAAAUGAAGAAGUCAAGGAAACGACUUUACGAGAGCUUAAAAUGCUUCGCACUCUCAAGCAGGAAAACAUUGUGGAGCUGAAGGAGGCCUUUCGUCGGAGAGGCAAACUCUACCUGGUGUUUGAAUAUGUUGAGAAAAAUAUGCUUGAAUUGCUGGAAGAAAUGCCAAAUGGAGUUCCACCUGAAAAAGUGAAAAGCUACAUCUACCAACUCAUCAAAGCUAUUCACUGGUGCCACAAGAAUGACAUUGUCCAUAGAGAUAUAAAGCCUGAAAACCUCUUAAUCAGCCACAAUGAUGUCCUGAAACUAUGCGACUUUGGUUUUGCUCGGAAUCUCUCAGAAGGCAAUAAUGCAAAUUACACAGAGUAUGUGGCUACAAGGUGGUAUCGGUCGCCAGAGCUAUUACUUGGAGCUCCCUAUGGAAAGUCUGUGGACAUGUGGUCAGUGGGUUGUAUUCUUGGUGAGCUUAGUGAUGGACAGCCCUUAUUUCCUGGAGAAAGUGAAAUUGACCAACUCUUUACUAUUCAGAAGGUGCUAGGACCACUUCCAUCUGAGCAGAUGAAGCUCUUCUACAGUAAUCCUCGUUUCCAUGGGCUCCGGUUUCCAGCUGUUAACCAUCCUCAGUCAUUAGAGAGAAGAUACCUUGGAAUUUUAAAUAGUGUUUUACUUGAUCUUAUGAAGAAUUUACUAAAGUUGGACCCAGCUGACAGAUACUUGACAGAGCAGUGUUUGAAUCACCCUACAUUUCAAACCCAGAGACUUUUGGAUCGCUCUCCUUCAAGGUCAACGAAAAGGAAACCUUAUCAUGUGGAAAGCAGCACAUUGUCUAAUAGAAACCAAUCCAGCAAGGGUGCUGCUUUACAGACUCACCACAGAUCCAACAGCAAGGACAUUCAGAACCUAAGUGUGGGUUUGCCCCGGGCUGAUGAAGGCCUUCCUGCAAAUGAAAGCUUCCUGAAUGGAAACCUUGCUGGAGCUACUCUCAGCCCGAUGCACACCAAAACCUACCAAGCAAGCACCCAGCCAGGGUCUUCCAGCAAAGAUCUCACAAACAACAACAUACCACACCUUCUCAGCCCAAAAGAAGCCAAGUCUAAAACAGAGUUUGAUUUCAAUAUUGACCCAAAGCCUUCAGAAGGUCCAGGCACCAAGUACCUCAAGUCCAGCAGCAGAUCUCAGCAGAACAGGCACUCAUUCAUGGAAAGCUCCCAGAGCAAAGCUGGGACGCUGCAGCCCGGUGAGAAGCAAAGUCGUCACAGCUACAUUGACACCAUCCCCCAGUCCUCCAGGAGUCCAUCGUACAGGACGAAGGCCAAAAGCCAUGGGGCAUUGAGUGACUCCAAGUCUGUGAGCAACCUUUCAGAAGCCAGAGCCCAAAUCACAGAGACUAAUACCAGUCGAUACUUCCCAUCCAGUUGCUUAGACUUGAACUCUCCUACCAGCCCAACCCCUACCAGGCACAGCGACACAAGAACUUUGCUCAGCCCUUCAGGUAGAAAUAACCGCAAUGAGGGCACUCUCGACUCACGCCGAACUACCACCAGACACUCAAAAACUAUGGAAGAGUUGAAGCUGCCUGAACACAUGGACAGCAGCCAUUCACAUUCGCUGUCUGCACCUCAUGAAUCGUUUUCUUAUGGUCUAGGCUACACCAGCCCCUUCUCCUCUCAGCAACGCCCUCACAGACAUUCCAUGUAUGUGACCCGUGACAAAGUGAGAGCUAAAGGCCUUGAUGGAAGCUUGAGCAUAGGGCAAGGGAUGGCGGCCAGAGCAAACAGCCUGCAGCUCUUAUCACCCCAGCCUGGAGAACAGCUUCCUCCAGACAUGACUGUGGCAAGACCUUCUGUUAAAGAGUCUUCCAGAGAAGGCACCUCUUCAUUCCACACCCGUCAGAAGUCUGAGGGUGGAGUGUACCAUGACCCACACUCUGACGAUGGCACGGCUCCCAAAGAAAAUCGGCAUCUGUACAAUGAUCCUGUCCCAAGGAGAGUUGGUAGCUUUUAUAGAGUGCCAUCUCCACGACCAGACAAUUCCUUCCAUGAAAAUAAUGUUUCUACCCGAGUUUCUUCUCUGCCAUCUGACAGCAGUUCUGGUACCAAUCAUUCAAAAAGACAGCCAGGAUUCGAUCCAUGGAAAAGUCCUGAAAAUAUUAGUCAUUCUGAUCAACUCAAAGAAAAGGAGAAGCAAGGCUUUUUCAGGUCAAUGAAAAAGAAAAAGAAGAAAUCUCAAACAGUACCCAACACUGAUAGUCCUGAUCUUCUGACCUUACAGAAAGCCAUUCAUUCUUCUAGCACUGCAAGCAGCAGACCAAAGGAGUGGCGACCUGAGAAGCUCUCAGAUCUACAGACCCAGAGCCAACCACUAAAAUCUCUUCGCAAGCUGUUACAUCUCUCUUCAUCGACCAAUCACCCGGCUUCUUCAGAUCCUCGUUUCCAGCCCUUAACAGCUCAACAAACCAAAAAUUCCUUCUCAGAAAUUCGGAUUCAUCCCCUAAGCCAGGCCUCUGGUGGGAGCAGCAACAUCCGGCAGGAGCCUACACCAAAGGGCAGGCCAGCCCUUCAGCUGCCAGGUCAGAUGGAUCCUGGAUGGCAUGUGUCCUCUGUGACCAGGAGUGCCACAGAGGGUCCUUCCUAUUCCGAACAGCUGGGUGCCAAGAGUGGGCCAAAUGGGCACCCUUAUAACAGAACAAAUCGCUCACGAAUGCCAAAUCUGAAUGAUUUAAAAGAAACAGCCUUGUAAUUUAUGCUGGGAUGG